AUGUGCAAGGCUUUCCUUACCACAUUAAAGGGUUGGGCUCGUCUCUGGUUCAAUAAAUUAAAGCCAGGCUCCAUUGAAAACUUUGAAGAGUUGAGCAAACAAUUCACAGGACACUUCAUUGCUGGGCAAAAGCAUAGGAGACCAGCAACACAUUUACUGAAUGUGAAACAGCAGAAGGGAAAGCCUCUUCGUGAUUACAUAAGUUAUUUUAACAUUGAAAUACUGCAAGUAGAAGAGGUGGACGACAAGGUUGCCCUCACAGCCUUUAUGGGAGGACUACGAACUUCUAAGUUCCUAUUGUCCUUAUCAAAGGAAGCCCCUACGAGCAUGAUAGAGUUAAUGGUUAGAGCGCAAAAGCACAUGACUGCUGAGGAUGCAAUGAAUGCACGAAAAAACAAAGAUGGUGAAGAUAAGAGGUCGGAUAAGAAGAGGCCAGCACCUAGCACUAGGGAGGAAAGGGAAUCGAGGUACAAGAAAUUCUCAAACAGCCAGGUUGAUAGAUCGUCUCGCCGUCCAGUGAGCCCAGAUGACGCAUCAUUAAAAUGGCCGCCAAAGCUAAAAACUGAUCCAACAAAGAGGUCUCGAGAUAAAUACUGUAGGUUCCACCGAGACCAUGGACAUAAUAUAGAAGAUUGUUUCGACCUCAAAAACCAGAUCGAGAACCUCGUUCGUAAAGGUCAUUUACGCAAAUUCACGACUGGGAAUGGAAAAGGAGGCUCCAACCCUGCCCGAGAGGGCCGAGAUGAUCGCCCUCCUUAA